GUCAGUGGUCAAAAGUAUCCCAUUGACACUGUGUUUACCUGUGUGGUCAUCAUUACAUUUUAAUAUGACCCGUUUUCUAUAAAUAUUCAGUAAGGUGGCUUCUAGAUGCAAUAUAGAAUAUAAGUGUUGAUUCUGAUAACUACUGAUACAUAAUAAAUUGGAGUUAGUUUCGGUAUGCGAUUGCAUCAGUGUAUAUAGAAUCACAAGUGUGACUAUCAAUUUCCAAGUAGAGUCAUGAACAGAAAAGACUUUGUUUUCGCAUUGUUCAUAACAUUUAUGAUAUCAUUUUGUUUGAUUGAAUAUAAAUCUGUUGAAUACAACUCGUUACAAAUACAGGCAGUGCAAACAAUUGUAUCAAAGAAUUGUUCAUACCAACGACCGAGGGAAAAUCUCAGAAGGAACAAUAAAACAGAAAAGAACUCCUUGGCAUUUCUAUCUGGAAACGAUAAAAACUUAACACAAGAACAGAAAGACUUGGAAUCUAUUCUUACAAUAGCUAAAUCCAUGUCUAAGGAGGCAGUGCUUGUUACAGUGAUAAAUGAUGGAUAUUUACCUCUAGCAUAUAAUUGGUUAUGUAAUACAAAACAUAUGGGAAUCCAUCAUCAGGUACUAGUGAUUGCCACGAAUCAGGAAGCAAAGGAGAAACUUUUAUCAGUAUCACCCGACAUCAAGGUAGUUGUGUUAACCGUCGACAAAUAUCUCCAAAAAGAUCAAAAAUAUAGUCACGUGGGUUAUAUCAGACUUUUAGUGCGCAGAACAGAAAUACUGUUAGCAUUAUUGGAAAAUCGUAUAGAAACAUUCCUAUUUGAAUUCGACUUUCUCUGGCUACAGAAUCCCCUGUCGUUAUUUAAAUCAUAUUCUGGUAAAUAUGACAUGUUAUUUGUACAUAAUAGCAAUAAGCAUAGCAUGGAAACUAAUUCAGUAAAUGGUGGAUUUUUCUACAUGUUUCCUACUAACACCACGGUUGAACUAUUUCAAGAGUUAUAUAACAGAAUGUUGAAGUUAGCAGACAGAAUAAAAACAUGGCCGCCAGAGAGAAAGGUCUCCGAAGGGGAAAAUGAUCAAGUGUAUUUAAAUGAUUUAUUCUCGAAACGCUAUGGCGGAUUAAAAGCUUUAACUUUACCGCAUACAGAUUUCCCAGACGGGAAAUGGUACUCUUUACCGGAAUCUAAACGGAAAUCAUGGAAGCCAUAUGUCAUUCAUAACAAUUGGAUAAUAGGCAAUGGCAAUAAAAUAGCACGUGCUAAAGAGUGGGGACAUUGGUUUCUAAACAACGGCAGUGAAAUUAAAUGUAAUUUUGAAGCUGUUAAAAAUAUUCACAGCUAACCUAGUGUUCUAAAAAAGAAAUUUGCCGUUAAUAUGUUGUGUUAUGUAUACUGUUGCUUAUCUUUUUUUCAUUGCAAUGUCAGUUUAUUUUUGACUUAUGAAUAUGAAUGUCUCUCUUUCGGCUCUCUUUAAAAAAAAUCAAGAUGAUGUUCCUUACUGAUAUUGUCCCUGUGUUAUACUGAUGUAGUGAUAAUAUUUCUUAUCUUUCUUGAGUCUAUAAAUCAUUCUGUCCCUGAAGAGAUCGUCAAACUGACAACCAAAAACUUUUU